GAGUUUAAGCCUCCCAGCCAGAGCUUCCCAAGCUAAGGAAGUCAGAGCCAAAGCAGCAUAGUUUGACCUGUUUAGUGUACUCAAGACUACAAUUCAGCCCUAUUGAUACAUCAAGUGAGAGGCUGAGGCAAUGCCACACCCAUAAUAAAGACUUCAAUGACACGAGAGUCGUACCGCGCCCAGAGGACUUUAUCCGAGCUCGUCUGUAAGACACACUCAGUGUGGUGGAGUCCAGAGAAAUUCAACUACUGCAGAUCACAUACACACACACACACACAGCAGGAUGUAUGAGCGCGCGCUAUUCGCGGUCUGGCUGCUUACUUUGGUGCUGUUUCAGAGCGCCGAGUCUUGUGAGUUGAGGCCUGUGCUUGCUCAGGUUCCUAAGAGACUGCCCGCCGGUUAUGUCAUCUCUGAGGGCACGGAAGCAUUGACCCUCAAAGGCUGUGCGGUCAAACCCGUGGCCUUUACUUCCAGCGACCCUGACUUCGCUGUAAAUGCAGAUGGAACCAUUAUCACAGUUCGUGGUUUGGUGAUUACAACAAAACGGUUUUAUGUACUGGUGCAGGAUGAGAGCGGCUUGGAUUGGAGGGUAGACAUUAUGUUGUCCUGUAAAGAUGAGAAGUCCAGCAGUGUGGCUCACAAGCGCAUUAAGAGAAGAUGGAGACCGUUGCCUUUCUCUUUUAUUGAGAAUGAUAGCCCUCCAUUCCCAAAGGACCUGGAGAUGAUUGCAUCUGAUUCCUCUGUAAAUUACACAGUGUAUUAUCAGAUCAGUGGACAGGGAGUUACGACAGAUCCUGUGGGCCUAUUCCAGCUCGACGGGAAAAAUGGCAUGCUGAAGGUGACCAGGGCCGUUGACCGUGAGCAGUACCCACAAUUCAAAUUUAUAGCUCGUGCGUAUGACAUAAGUGGCAAAGAAGUUGAUGAAUUUCUGCCCAUCACUGUGAAUGUGGAGGAUAAGAAUGACAACGCCCCUGUGUUUAUUGGAGGUCGCUUAUUCUCUGUAGAAGAACGGUGCAGGGCAGGUACUUUUAUAGGACAAGUGAAUGCCACAGAUAAAGAUUUGGCAAACACCAAACACACCUUGAUCAAGUUUACUCUGCUCAAUGCUACUGACAUGUUCUCCAUUGACCCUUUUACUGGAACAUUGACUGCUAAAACCAACAAUUUAAACAGAGAGGCUCAGGACAAAGUCUAUGUUAACAUAGAGAUCAGAGAUAUGGGCGGCGAGCCUGCUGGGCUCUUCAACACAGGAACAAUUGUGAUUACUCUCACAGACGUUAAUGAUAACCCUCCUGCCUUUAAAGAGAAGUUGUACAAAGCCAACGUCAAGGAGAACCAAGAAAAUGUGCUAGUUACUAGGAUCACAGUGGAAGACAAGGAUUUGGUGAACACCCCCAACUGGACGGCCCUCUUUGAGGUCACCAAAGGAAAUGAGAGUGGACAAUUCAGGAUGGAGACGGAUCCCCAAACCAAUGAGGGGCUUCUGUAUGUCAUAAAGGGAUUGGAUUUUGAAAAAACUCCAGUGGUGAAGCUGGAAAUAACUGCCCGUAAUCCGGUUCCACUGGUUGGGACUAAUGCCACCUGGCUCUCUGUGCCAUUAGAGCUUAGUGUGGGAGAUGAAGAUGAAGGACCAGAGUUCAACCCUGACAUUCUAUAUCUUAAAGUCAAGGAGAACGUUCCCAAUGGAACCGUCAUUGGAACCUAUAAAGCUCUGGACCCAGAGACCAAGAACAGCAAUGGAAUAAAGUACUAUAAGUUGACUGACCCAGGUAACUGGAUCACUGUGGUGGAGAGCACUGGAGAACUGAGAACAGCCAACACUAUAGACCGAGAAUCACCAUUGGUCCACCAGGACAAGUACAACAUAACCAUCAGAGCAGUGGAUGAGAGUAAGAAGACAGGAAGGGGGAUGGUUAUAAUCCUGAUCCAAGACGAGAACGACAACAUUCCUGCGAUUCCGGGCACUGACAUGGUCAUCUGUAGUAAAGGUGAUGCGGUGAGCUCAGUUCUGGUUGAAGCUGUGGAUCUCGACAAGCCACCGUUCUCCACUCCCUUCAUUUUCGAAUUUGGAGCAGAGCAUGAUGGGAAGUGGAAACUAAAGGAUACAACAGAUUCCUCCGUGGUGCUGGAACAGGUAGUGCCCUUGCCAAACGAUCUCUACUCUGUCCCACUCUUGGUGAAGGAUCUGCAGGGAUUCGGAAAAGAGCAGACCGUGAAUGUGCGAGUGUGCUCCUGUGAGAGGGAGGAAAAUGGAGUGGGGUUAUGUGGGGCUCGAAGUGCCUCUACCUCUUUGGGCAGUUUGGGCAUCCUUGCCUUAGUGCUGUCUAGCCUGCUGUUGCUACUGUUAUGUCUGUUACUUAUCUUCAUAUGCAGUACUAAGAGAGACAAGCUGUACAUCAAUGAUGAUACUGGAACAGGAGGAAUGCUGCUGAAAUCCAACACUGAGGCUCCUGGUGAAGAAGUGAAGGAUGGAGCUUUGAUGAUAAUUCCUGGGACAGAUGCAAUGGACGGGUCGCUCCAGAGUGGCGCCAUGGUCACUAAAAACGUGACUUCAUCCGCAGGAAAUAUCGGGCAGCAGUUUUUCCAGGGAGGCGGCGUGUACAACACCACCACUCAAGAUUUUGGGAAAGAAAAUUACUACACAUCCGGACGGUAUAACAGCCUGUAUGGGAACGCCGGAAAUUUCCAGAAAUUCUCAAAUACGAGUGCUCUCGACACAUGGAAUACUAAUGGCCGCUACUUGGAAAGAAAACUGUCUUACUUUGGAGGGGAGGAGGACGGGAGGUACGCGGACGACCUUCUGAAGACUUAUGGUAAUGAGGGGGCGGGCUCUCCUGCAGGCUCUGUAGGAUGUUGUAGCAACUUGGGUGAACCGGAAUCACUGGACUUUUUGAGCACUCUCGGCCCCAAAUUCAGACCACUGGCUGACGUCUGCUACACAACAAAAUAAAAGCGGAAACUAAAACAAGAGAUGACUGAGAUGAGAGAGAGAGCUGUAUGCUGUUUGCAAGGAGCCGUCGAAGCAGACUGCAAAAAAAUCAUGGUCUUAACCUGUAUUUUUAUCUCAUUUCCCUGUAAAAUAAAUAUGUAAACAUACUCAAAACAAGAUGACUUUUACUUGAGAAACAACAUUUUCUAAGAACAUUUUUUGAAUGUCUAAAUGCCAUUAAAUAUGAGUAUGAAAAAAAUGUGUUUGACUCCAUAAGAUAUAUUCUCUAGAAUAAGUCUAUUUUUAGAGAAUUUUGCUACUCAAGUACAUUUGUUUUGAGUAUUGGUUAUUUUUUUUACUGGAAUUUUUUUUUUUUUUUAGAAAAUUACCAUCUCAGUGCAUGUAUUUCUGCUGGAUUAAUUGGUGUGUCUGUAAAGUUGUUGUGUGUGUGAAUGAUGCAAAUAAGCUUUUCUAUAAUUGUUUGCUACAUUUUGCUCUGCUUUGCAAUCUUCUUCCUCAGAGAUCUGAGGGACAGUUUAAAUAUUAGUAUACAGAAAGAGACGUUAUUGUCUACCUGAUAAAUUGCAAUUCUCAGCCGUGUGAAGUAUUACCUGAGUAUAUUUACAAGACCAUGAUGAAGUGUGCACAUAAACAUUUUUUUGGGCAACGUAUGGAAUUUUAAGCGCUCUUCAGCCCCAAAAGCACUGACAACUGACAUCAUCUCUGGACGCUAAACUCAUCCUUAGGCCAUAAUGUAUUACUGGAGUUUUUGUGUUAUUUUUUUACAUCUUGCUUAGGCAAUUAUUUUGAAUUUCAAAGAAAAGAAACCAAAUAUGUUGUAUGUAAGUCACUUUAUACUUUGAAUGAAGAUGUAAUUGGUAAAAAAAGAAGAAAAAAAAACGCCUAGAAGUACCUUCUUUUUUUUAGCUCUUUGAAAUUUCAGUUUUGUCCUGACAGCACAUUAAGUUUUUUUUUUUUUUUUUUUUUUUGUAUUUGUGGUAAACAACAUAUGUAUUUAGAGGGUUGUUCUGAUUGUAGAUUUAUUAAAGGGAUGUUCUUUGUAAAUAUUUGAAUAAAAUUCAUUACAGACAUUU